AUGUGUGCUGUGCAUGGGUCUAAAGAUAUACUUACAUAUGUACCUUUUUUCUCUCUCUCCCUGCUGGAGAUUUGCCGCCAGGUGGCUAUCAAGUGCGGUGGAAACGCGGCCCGCCGUCUUACUGCUUACAGGCCCCUCUCCGCUGCAACCAGUCGUAUAAAAAAAAGCGCCAAGGGGGGGAAUAAGAAGAGGGCGCCAACAGGGCCCCGCCAAUACAGCAGACAUGGCGCAGGGACUUGCGCCAAUGAUCAUGUCAUGCGGCGUGGACAUUACCAGCAGCCAACACCCACGCCCCCCAAGAUUGCCGGCACGGCUUACUUGACUUGGCUAGCAGUAGUUGCAUGCAGUCUUCUGGGAGAUCGGCUUCGCACGUGCGCUUCUCACGAACCCGUCGUCGACUCCACAGGCACACACCGCGCAGGUUGGUCUACCAAAGAGCGGUAUGAUUUGGCACCUGUUUCGUUGCUGACCCGCCCUCAUGAUGGCCGUUGCUCAAUAAAACACAACUUCAACACAGACACAUUGUUUAAACUUUCCUUCUCUCUCCCCCGCCGUUUCUCACCGUAA